CAAUGAGAGCGAGCGGCAAGGUCGGGGGCGGGCCCGGUAACGGAAAGGGGCGGUGCCGCUUCCGGCCUCGGGCGGCCGUGGAGGGCACCGCCGUGGACCGGAGUGGACCCGGGUGGACCGGAGCGGGCGAGUGCGGGAGAUGGCUGACUCCGAGCCUGGAGAACGGAACUGUGACAACAUGCUGAAGAUGUUGUCAGACCUGAACAAGGACUUGGGGAAGCUGCUGGAGGAGGUGGAGAGAAUCUCAGUGCAGGCGACCUGGAUGGCCUAUGAUAUGGUGGUGAUGCGGACCAACCCUGCACUAGCCGACUCCAUGCGCCGACUGGAGGAUGCCUUCCUCAACUGCAAGGAGGAGAUGGAGAAGAACUGGCAAGAGAUGCUGAAUGAGACCAAACGCAAGCAGUGACGCCUCCUGUGCCCCUGCCAUCCAGACAUGUCUUUGGGUCACACCACUUCCCUCCCAUUAAACCUGUUUUCAAGCCUC